UUUAAUUUGCCCGCUUCGCGAGAGCAUAUGCGAUAGGAUUCGAGUGCACACGCAAAAAAAAAGGUCAAAGAAAAAUCCGCCACAAACCCUAGAAAAAGCCCCUAAUUUUGUUUUUUCUCCUGUUCGACGAAUCGGAUCGCGUUAAGGAGGGAUUUUGGGGAGAUUUUCGGUCUCUUCGCUUCGGGAGGGUUUCGAUUGGUACCGUUUUUGGGAAGGUGAAUUGGAGAAGAGAUGGUAGCGGGAGCGGAGAUUAUCCAUCAGAGCAUCCCGGUGCUGGACGUGCAGUACCGGUGCAUCACCAAGGAGAUCGAGGAGAUAGUUGACAUCUCAGCCGCCGCCGCCGCCGCGGCGUCGCCGCCCCCCUCGCCGGUGUGUCUUCAGGUGGCGCGGCGGCCGGAGGUGGAUAUCGCAGCCUCUGAGCUGGAUUUGAGGGCGUCGGAUGCCAUUCCAAGUGUACCUGUGGAACCUCUUCAGUUUGUCCCAAGAAUUCGAUCUGGUAGUUUCGCGGACAUUGGACCUCGAAGAUACAUGGAGGAUGAACACAUCCGUAUUGAUGAUCUUUCAGCACACCUGGGAUCUCUGCUUAGGUUCCCGACUCCCAAUGCCUUCUAUGGGGUAUUUGAUGGUCAUGGGGGCCCAGACGCAGCAGCCUACAUCAAAAGGCAUGCGAUGAGGCUCAUCUUUGAAGAUGCCGGCUUCCCACAAGCAUCAGAAGCUGAUAAGGUUUUCUUGGACUUGGUGGAGAAUUCUGUUCGAAGGGCAUUCCUCCUUGCAGACCUUGCUUUGGCUGAUGACUGCACCGUUAGCAGUUCCUCUGGGACUACUGCACUUACAGUAUUGUUGUUUGGAAGGCUGCUCCUGGUAGCCAAUGCUGGGGAUUGUCGAGCUGUCCUAUGUCGGAAGGGCAAAGCAGUGGAAUUGUCUCAAGACCAUAGACCAAUCUUUGCUGCCGAACGCCAAAGGGUUGAAGAAUUGGGAGGCUACAUCGAUGACGGGUACCUCAAUGGAGUCCUCUCGGUCUCUAGAGCCUUGGGGGACUGGGACAUGAAAUUGCCCAGAGGCUCUCCCUCGCCCCUUAUUGCAGAACCUGAGUUUAGACAAGCUACGUUGACAGAAGAUGAUGAGUUUCUAAUCAUCGGCUGUGAUGGAAUAUGGGAUGUGAUGACAAGCCAGCAUGCAGUGAACAUCGUGCGGAGUGGCCUGCGGUGGCAUGAUGACCCUGAGAGGUGUGCAAGGGAGCUUGUCACGGAAGCUGUGAGGCUCGACACAUUUGACAACCUCACAGUGAUUGUGGUCUGCUUCUCUGCGGAGCACCAGGGCUCUUCACCAUCACCUGGCUCUGAGGACCACCAGCUGCAGGCACCGAGGUUGAAGUGCUGCAAGACCCUGUCGGCGGAGGCCCUUUGUAAACUGAGAAGCAGCAUAAACAAUGGCAGUUGAGAGAGAGGGUAGGGAGUUGCAUGUAUGUAGUAGAGAUGAUGUUGAAAAAUGAUAGAUUAGCGUAUGUUUUUAUUUGUGGCUGCUUCAGGGAGGUCACAGAGCAGCCAGCAGUUUUGCAGGGUUUUUGUUGUAUUGUUUUUGGGUGGGGAUGGCGAUCGGCCGUGUACAUAAUUUUUGGGCUGGAUGAGUUGGGAUCGGUGCACCUUCUUGGUUCAUUGUUUUGAGCUGAUUUGUAUAGUAUAUUGGUACAAGCUUGUGUUUGUUGGCCUA